AUGCUGUGUGAGAGUCGUCUGUGGUCUGUGGCAUUUUGCCGGAAUUGGGAUCCACCAUCUGACGCACACAAGACCACGCUCAUCACCACAGAAACCACCUCAGGAAUCGACACUGUCCCCAAACCUAGUAGCAUCCCUCACCCUGACACUCAAACCCUGUCAUCGCCAUGCCAACCACAACCACAACCCCAGACAAGCUGCCUGCUGGACACGUAUAUCCUCCCAUCGUCAUGCCAACCCCAACCCCAGCCCCAGACCAGUCCUGUCCCGGACAUGCACCUCCUCCCAUCCCUACGACGACAUCAACAUCAGCAACAACAACUAUCACCACCAUCAGCACCACAGCAGCAACAGCAUCCCCUUGCCAGCCCCCUGCAGCCUCUCCCCCUCCACCUGCAGAGCUCCAGGCAGAGGCAGCCGGACGCCCAGGCCUGCAGACUUCCCUCCCCAGAAAUGGAGGUCCCCUGUCGGGUCGCCUCGCACCAAUCUCCCCCCGGCAUCACAGAGGCCCUGCCCUCCUGCCGCAGUGUGUGCCAGCACUACAGUGACUUGCGUAUAGGCGGCGACCAGGUAGUGAUGCUCAGGGGAGACUGCAGGGGGCAGCACUACCAGAGGCUGGGGGAAGGCCACCAGAAUGGGUGUGCUGUUGACCAGGGGGUGGUUGCAGGUGCAGGGAAUCUGGAGGCCAACCGUGUUGAUGACCCCGUGGCGGUACAGGGCCAGGAACUUCAGGGUCCUCAGGGGCCAACACUGCAGACAGAGAGAGAGGAGGAGAUGCUGUCACUGUUGCCUAGAGAAGAGGAUGGUGGCAAACGGCGCCCCCUGUCAGAUGCUCAGCUGAAUCGCUACCUGGAACAGAAGCUGCUGGAGCUGUACAGGCAGCACCUCAGCCUGGCACAGGGACACGCACACACACACAAGAACACAAACACCUCCUCCAACACCUCCUCCACCACUGCUAAGCUUCUAGAGUUGUACCGUCAGCACCUCACGCUGACCCAGGGCCACUCCGCCUCCUCCUCCUCCUCCUCCUCCUCCUCCUCCAGGGAGGUGAGGGGGGUGCUGGGGGCUCGUCUGGGGCGUCUCCGGGUGUCCAGCAGCCUGCAGUCCAGCGUGAUCAGCACCCCCCUGCUGCAGAUCUCCACGGAGACCACUCAGCCUCCCACGAUCUGCCAUGGUGUAGACCAGCUGGGGGUAUUCCAAGAACCUGCUCAGAAGUAA